AUGGCGUACUUGGACUUGCCCAUUGAUAUCCCAAAGACAGUUCCACCGAAUGCAAAGGUUUAUAAAGAUGAUUGCAUCUACUCCUACGACACCCCGGAGAAUAACAGCAAUGGGAUAGACGUGGACUUGAAAACGUACAAGUCGUACUCGAGGAACGCAGAUGUCAACUAUACACGGCAAAACUAUGAGAGAACCGGCAACAAGUUGUAUUUGAACAUCAACAAGACCCUCAAGCCUCAGGAUGAGAUCAACAAGCUUCUAUACGACGAGCAAGGAGAGAAAAACUCCAAAAUACAAAAGUUGGAGAUUAAGGAUGUCAGGGAUGACGAUUACUAUGUGACGAACAUAGGCAUCUACGACGUGAGUCAGGACAAGAUGUACCUGAGAGACGAGGUGUCCAAGGAGUUUAAUCUGCUCAUAGAGCAAAUAUUAGAAUCCAACUCUUCUAAUAAAAACGAGGAGAUCAAGCAGUGGGAGCAAGAGAUUGUUCCUUGUCCGCACUCGAUCGACUUGCAUCCUUCACCAAAACCAGAAUUUUUGGACUUGACGAAAUGCAAACAGUGUGACUUGAAAGAAAACCUAUGGAUUUGUCUCCAUUGCGGAACUUUGGGUUGCGGACGACUGCAAUUUGGCUCGUCACUCACGGGAAACGGACAUGCGUUGCAGCACUACGAACUGAACUCGGACCAUCCAGUCGCGUUGAAAUUGGGCUCUUUGUCCAAUGACGCUGACAGCUGCGAUGCGUACUGCUACCAGUGCAACGAGGAAGUGAAAGUUCCAGACUUGGCAUUGAAAAUCAAGGUGUUUGGGAUCGACUUGAGCACCGCUCAAAAGACUGAAAAGUCGUUGGUGGAGCUAAAUAUCGACCAGAACUUGAAUUGGGAUUUCAAGUUGGAAGGAGCUGGUGGCGCACACUUGCCUCCAGUCUACGGGAAAGGCUUGACCGGAAUGCAAAAUCUAGGCAAUUCGUGCUACAUGAAUUCCGUGUUGCAGUCGCUAUUCGAUUUAAACCAGUACUCGCAUUUUUUCAAAAACCAAGCAUUUGAUCUCGCAGUAGAUCCCACUGAGGAUCUCAGAAGCCAGCUUAUUAAGCUCUAUGACGGCAUCUACAGCGGCAGGUAUUCAGUGCCAGGGUCACUCAAGGGGGACGAUUACCAAUUGGGUAUCAAACCUUUUGCAUUUAAACUGCUCAUAGGAAAGAACCACGAGGAGUUCAAAACCCAGAGACAGCAAGAUGCUUUUGAGUUUUUGCAGUAUUUACUCGGCAAGGAGGAUUCCGAAUUUGGACUAGAGCUAAACAAGGCUUUCAAGUUUCUAUUUGCGUCGAAAGUGAUUUGCGCAAACUGCAAACAUGGAUCAAUCAAGGAUGAGUUGUUGGAUAGCAUCUCGGUGCCAAUUAUUGAACCGCAGCAAGCAAAAGAUGGCCAAAAGGAACAAGAAGAAAAGACAAGUAUCGCCAAGAGUCUCCAACUGCUCACUGCAAGGGAAAACAUUGAAGGAUACCAGUGUGAUGAUUGUCACGCCGAGCCAGGUCUUGCGUGGAAGACGUUGGGGUUUUUCAACUUUCCAGAAUAUUUAAUUUUAAAUGUUCAAAGGAUCAAGUUGGAAAACUGGACGCCUAAAAAAGUCGAUACUGCUGUCGAAAUACCGUUUGACUUGGACUUGUCAAAGUUUGGCGCGCCAAGCUUUGUUGACGAUGAGGUUCAAACGGCAACGCCUGCCUCGUCGCAAAAGCCCGGCAAUACUUUUGAAGCCAACCAAGAGGCGUUGAAUACAUUACUAGCCAUGGGAUUCCCCGAGCCGAGGUGCAUCAAGGCUCUUCAUGCAACAGGGAACAGUAGCGCAGAGGACGCCAUGAACUGGCUUUUUGCCCACAUGGAUGAUCCCGACAUUGAUGCACCUCUAUUGGAUUUGAGUCUGCCUCAGCCUCUGCUGGCUCCUAAAGUAUCAGACGAAGCAGUGGCAACGCUUGCCUCGAUGGGAUUCUCGUCGAAAUUGGCUGCAAAGGCUCUUCACGUGACCGGCGGCGACCCCAAUGCAGCUGUAGAGUGGUUGUUUGCCAAUCCUGACGAUGACGGUGAGAUAGCCGCGGAUUCUUCCAAGCCUGCGGUUGACGUCAAAAAGGAAGAGCAAGAGCUAGCCGAAGCAUUGAGAACGAAGCCUGGUCUGGAUUCAAAGUAUGCUUUAAAAUCUGUCAUCUGCCACAAGGGCACUUCGCCACAUACGGGCCAUUACGUUGUGUUUAUCAAAAAAUUGAUUGACAACGAGUGGAAAUGGGUACAGUUCAACGACGAGAAAGUUGUUCUUUGUGAUGAAAGCAAUCUUUCCGAGAUUGAGAAAACAGGGUAUGUCUACAUUUUCGAAAAGGUCCAUUGA